AUGGGUUUACUCGACCAGCUUUGGGACGACACGGUCGCGGGCCCCCAGCCCGACACCGGCCUCGGCAAACUCCGGAAACACUCGACCUUUAGCUUCCGACCAAACUCCGGCAAGGAAUCAGAGGUUAUGAACGGUGGAAGAUCCAUCGGAGAGGAAGCCGGCGGAGACGCGGUGAGGGUGACGAGAAGCAUAAUGAUCGUGAAGCCGCCGCAGGCCGAUCAGAAGGACUCGCCGCCUGUUUCUCCGGCGGGCUCAACUCCACCGGUAUCCCCCUUUGCCGGUGCCGGAGGGAAGGAAGCUUUCCGGUUCCGUAGGAGAUCGGCAUCGUUUGCGUACGAGAAGGCUAAUGGAGUGGGACCCAGAAGCCCUCCUCCUCCUUACGACCUUUGA